AUGAACUCGGCUCGCGGUGCCGGCAAAGACGGCAAAGACGGCAAAGAUGGCAAAGACGGCAAAGACGGUAGAGAUGGCAGAGACGGCAGAGACGGCAGAGACGGCAGAGACGGCAGAGACGGCAGAGACGGCAGAGACGGCAGAGACGGCAGAGACGGCAGAGACGGCAGAGACGGCAGAGACGGCAGAGACGGCAGAGACGGCAGAGACGGCAGAGACGGCAGAGACGGCAGAGACGGCAGAGACGGCAGAGACGGCAGAGACGGCAGAGACGGCAGAGACGGCAGAGACGGCAGAGACGGCAGAGACGGCAGAGACGGCAGAGACGGCAGAGACGGCAGAGACGGCAGAGACGGCAGAGACGGCAGAGACGGCAGAGACGGCAGAGACGGCAGAGACGGCAGAGACGGCAGAGACGGCAGAGACGGCAGAGACGGCAGAGACGGCAGAGACGGCAGAGACGGCAGAGACGGCAGAGACGGCAGAGACGGCAGAGACGGCAGAGACGGCAGAGACGGCAGAGACGGCAGAGACGGCAGAGACGGCAGAGACGGCAGAGACGGCAGAGACGGCAGAGACGGCAGAGACGGCAGAGACGGCAGAGACGGCAGAGACGGCAGAGACGGCAGAGACGGCAGAGACGGCAGAGACGGCAGAGACGGCAGAGACGGCAGAGACGCCAAGGUUCUCUGGCCAAAUUGCGCGCUAAUGGUUUGGAGAGGCCUAUUCGCGAGUCCGAAGAGCAAUGUUUGGAGGAUUGGUUAUACUGGAUUCCCGAGAAUGGCCGCGAUGCCAGUGCCGCCGGGAAUGAGUCAAUCGGCGCAGGAAUGCGCCGCAAUUAGCCGACAUAAAUUGCGGGCGCUUAGCAUCGACGGGAAUCGGCGCGAGCGACGCAGUCCGGACGAAUGGGAUAUUUAG